CUUGAAAACAGCCGGCUUUUUCCAUUCCAAUAAUUAUUUACUAAAAACUACGAGAAGAAAUACGUACAAUGAGUAUUUUAGAAAGAAACUUGUUUAAUAAAUCGAUAUGGCGUCUAAAGUUCCUAAAGUGAAAUUCUGCAAUGGGCUGGAAUGUCCAAUUCUUGGUUUGGGGACUUGGAAGUCCAAGCCGGGCGAAGUGACGCAAGCGGUGAAAGACGCGAUCGACAUCGGCUACCGUCACUUCGACUGCGCGUACGUCUAUGGGAAUGAAAAGGAGGUCGGUGCUGCCAUCACUGCGAAGAUCCAGGAGGGAGUCGUCAAAAGGGAGGACCUCUUCAUCACCUCCAAGCUCUGGAACACCUUCCACCGCCCAGACCUGGUGCGAGGAGCGCUGACUGAGACUCUGCAGAACCUCAACCUGACCUAUCUGGAUCUGUACCUCAUCCACUGGCCUCAGGCGUACAAGGAAGAAGACACCCUCUUCCCCGUAGACUCAGAAGGCAAGAUCCAGUUUUCCUCAGUGGACUUCGUGGACACUUGGAAGGCUUUGGAGCCCUUCGUGGGCGAGGGUCUGGUGAAGAGCCUCGGCAUCUCCAACUUCAAUAAGAAACAGAUCACACGGCUGCUGGAAUCGGCCACCAUCAAGCCUGUUGUCAACCAGGUGGAAUGUCACCCGUAUCUCAAUCAGAGCCGUCUGAAGGCCUACUGCGAGUCCCAGGGCAUCGCCUUGACAGCCUACUCGCCGCUCGGGUCGCCGGACCGGCCCUGGGCCAAGCCGGGAGAUCCUCAGCUAUUGGAAGACCCGAAGAUCAAGGCCAUAGCUGAUAGACUUGGGAAGACCGCUGCACAAGUACUGAUCAGGUACCAAAUCGACCGCGGCAACAUUGUCAUCCCGAAAUCGGUGACGAAGUCACGCAUCGCGAGCAAUUUCGACGUUUUCGACUUCAAGCUGUCGCAAGAGGAUGUACAACUGAUCGACAGCUUCGACUGUAAUGGACGGCUCGUGCCGAUGACCGCCUCCAUCGGCCACAAGGACCAUCCGUUCGAGAACGACGAAUUUUAAACACCAUACGAUGCCUUACUAUCGAAUAUUAUACGAAUAAGUAUACUAUAGUCUGGUCUGCGAGCACGUAGAAUUUUGUCCAAUGACCCCAAGCUACCCAUCCUUAUCGCUCGCGCGUAAUAAUUAUGUUGCUGUCGCGCUCGGACACUCACUGCGGGGUCAUUGGACAAAAUUCUACGUGCUCACAGACCGGGCUUUACACAGUACUAUAGAGUAUAGAGUACACAUAUUAUUGAAUAAUAAAUAAACACUUAUGUUUUA